AGGCAGACACCUUUCCUUUCAAAAAUCAAAAGGGAAGCGUUAGAGAGAGAAAGCUUUGGAAAUCUCUCUCUCUCUCUUAUAGAGAAAGGGAAGUCACCAAACGCCUCUCUCUCUCUAUCUCUCUGGCUUUGCUCCUCUCUCUCUCUCUCCCCCUCCUGCGGUCCCUCCUCUGCGAUCUGCAGGUCUUACCUGAUGCAGUUUUGAGCUAAGAGAUCGGCUUAAGGAAUCAUUUCCAAUUACGAAUAACUUUCAGGACAACUAAAAGAUGGACCAUGAUGAGACAGGAUGUCAAGCUCCUCCUGAACGCCCGAUUUUGUGUGUUAACAAUUGUGGCUUCUUUGGAAGUGCAGCCACGAUGAACUUGUGUUCAAAGUGCCACAAAGAUAUGCUGUUGAAAAAGGAGCAGGCUAAGCUCGCUGCAACACCUACUGGAAAUAUAGUUAAUGGAUCAGCAAGCAACAAUGUGGAACAACCUGUUGUUGUUGUUGAAGCUGUUGAUGUUCACGUCAACACAGUGCAGCCAAAUACCAUCUCUGUGCAGCCUUCUUGUGCUUCUGGGUUGGGGGAGAGUGUUGAGGCAAAGCCAAAGGAGGGUCCAAGUCGGUGCGGCACUUGCAAGAAACGAGUUGGUUUAACAGGGUUCAAGUGUCGAUGUGGCAACUUUUUCUGUGCAUCUCAUCGCUACUCGGACAAACAUGACUGCCCAUUUGAUUAUCACAGUGCUGCACGUCAGGCUAUAGCUAAAGCCAACCCCAUUGUCAAGGCAGAGAAGCUUGAUAAGAUCUGAAGAUCAAACUGAGUGAAGUUUCAUGUCCUGGAAGUUGAUGAUCAUUUUGUCUUUGGGGGUUCUGGGUUGGCCAAGUAUCUUAGCAGGUGUCCAUCUGCAUUGUUGUUAUGGGAGAAGCAAGGCAGCAUCGGACAUCUCUCUGCAAUAUGAAGAACUCUAUGUCUUGUGAUUGGCGAGAGUUUAUAUGUUGGCUCCAGUGUUUUUGAGUCUAAAUCUGUGCUGGUUUGAUGGACUUUGUCGUGGUUAGGUACUUAGUUUUGUAACGCAUCAUCCUGUUUCAUAUGGCAGUUUGCUGGUAAUCGUCCAAAAUGGCUUGUUGGAAUUCUUAGAUAAUAUAUGGAAGUCGUCCGUGAACGCUAAUAUGCGCAGCUUUGUAAAUUUAAAUUAUGGCUUUCAUGGAAUUAUAUCUGCUUAUCGCUGAA